UACAAAUGCUUCCGGUAUGCCUAAGAUGUUUCAGUUGAGUUUAUUAGGAUGGUUGGUUUUUUUGUGCUGGUGUUCGGUGGGAGUUUUCGGUAAAAAUGAAGCUUUACAGAUCUUUCCACCCCUUCCGGUAACAGUUUCGAAAAGUACAAAUACCGUUUGUAGAGAUCACAGUGAUUUGUAUAUGGAUAAUUUGAGGAAUUUUACUUUGUGGGCACACGAAAUGUGGGAUGCUACAUCAAAAUCGUCUGCUGGGAUUCUUCGAGGGAAUGUGUUUCAAAUGGGGCAUUUCGAUCAGUGUUUAUCGGCUAACGCACCGUUUCCAACACAAUAUUGUCUAGCAACUCUUACAGCUAGUAUACCGAAACCAAAAGGAAACAGAGACCCAUUUUCUUUAUAUUACGAUCCAUAUCAAUCUGUAUUCCAAAGAUUAUACAAAUAUGAUGAUAAAUCACAACAGUCACGAAACGUUAUAAAUGUGGGCUGGUGUGUGCCUUCAUCUUGUUCAAUAUUAGAUCUUGAAGAAAACCUUAACGAGUACUUAGCAAAAACAGAAAACAAAUUCACGCAACGAAACGUCACAUAUAAAGCAAAAUUUAAUGAAGCUUUAUGCCAUACAAAAGCAGAAAGUCAAUAUUUUGAUGUAGCGGAUAUAUGUUUUUGUUUGUUGGUUUUCUUACUAGCAGUUUUGGUAAUUUCGGCCACAAUAUGUGACUAUUCCAAAACAGUAGAAACUAAAAAGGACAAACUGCUAAAAAAGCCGCGAUCCUCAAAAUUCAUCAUGGCUUUUUCUGCUAGAGGAAAUUUUCUUGAAUUGAAUAGAGCAGACGAAUCGAAUCCAGCCCUAAGCAUCCUCUAUGGUAUGAGGACUAUAUGCAUAUUUGCUAUCAUAAUAGAUCACCGUUUCGGAACUUUUAUAUCAUCUGCAGUUCUAAAUUUUGACUUUUUGGAAUAUCAAUACCGUUCAUCUAUGGCAUGCUUCCUCUUCCAUGGUGAUCUCUUUGUGGACUCCUUCUUCAUUCUAAGCGGAUUAUUAGUAGUUUAUAGUCUUUUGAAUCAGAUGGAGAGAUACCAUCUACGUCCUGGAUUUAUAAUUAUAUUAAGAUAUAUCAGAUUAACGCCAGUAUAUGCCCUUGUUAUUUUUUAUUAUGCAACUAUUUUCAACCACACCGGCGAAGGUCCUCUUUGGAAAAUUGUGGCGGGAGCAGAUUCGAAUGACUGCAGACAAAAUUGGUGGACUAAUUUAUUGUACAUAAAUAAUUACGUAAAUGAAGAUCACACUUGUAUGACCCACGCAUGGUAUUUGCCUUGUGAUUUCCACUAUUUCAUUAUAGCUAUUUUUCUUGUGAUUGCUAUUAAAAGAAAUAAGAAAUUCGGAUUGGGAGUACUUUUUUCCCUACUGGUGCUUUCUUUAGCUAUACCAUUUGCAAUUAUAAUGAUGUACCAAAGACCUGGUCUCAUGCACUUCUAUCCAGAAUUUCUUACUGGACCUAAAGUUUAUAUAGACUUCCAAUUGACCUACAAUAAAACCCACACCAGAGCCACACCGUAUUUCGUUGGUAUGUUUGCUGGAUAUUUAUAUUAUCAGCUUAAAGAAUCUAAUAAACAUGUAUGCAGGAUAAAAUCGUUCACUAUAAUUUUUGCCUCGAUUUUGAUCAUGCUAAUUUGCGUGUUUAGCGCUAAAGUGUUUUAUGAUCCUUAUCAUCCGUACAAUGCUAUAGAAGCAGCAAGUUAUGCAUCUUUUCAUAGACUUGGUUGGGGAAUUGGUACCGUAGGAAUUUUAUAUACGGCGAGCUUCGGACAUGCUACAUUUAUGAAAAAAAUUCUUUCAUGGAGACCAUGGAUUCCUCUUAGUAAACUGGUCUAUGGGGCUUAUUUAUGCCAUAUGAGCUUUCAGCUUAGGUCUGCGGGAAGAUUCAUGAGUCCAAGACAAAUUACUUACUUUGACGUGCUGAGCUUAGCAUUGUCGGACAUAAUUUUAUCUUUUAUAACAGCAGUAGUACUAUAUUUAUUGGUUGAAGCACCUUUCAGGAAAGUCUUUAGGGAAAUUAUGAUGCCAUCAAAAAAUACUCAAAUGAAACCCAAAAACAAUGUGACGCACAAUAAUCCUUCAGCUGAAGAAAAUAUGAUUAUAACAAAUAAUAAUAAUAAUGUACAAGAUAGUAGACUGUAACACCAAAUGAAAAUGUUAAUAUUUUGAUAUUUUAAUGUACUAAUUUGAAAAAUAAUUUUGUCUUUUAGAGUUUUCUUAAUAAAAUAUAAAAAAUA